UAGGGCAAGGAAAGGAAAGGUCGGGUUGAAGGUUGAAAUUAAUUCCAGAGGUGUGGGAAGUGUGUUCUUCUAACAACCAAAAAAUUAAAAUAUAUCCAAAAAAUGUGCAGCUUCUCACGCCUCUCAUUUCAGGGGCUGUCUCCUUCUCCUUCCUUCUAAUCACUUAGUUCUCUUCACUUCAUCCUUUUCCUCCUCUUCCUUCUUCUGCGCUCUCAAGCCAUGCCGACCUUUACUGCCAUAGCAUUUGAUAGGUUGAUAGAGCCUGGAGCCUCGAAACCUUCUUAUAAAUCUGCUCCGGUGCCGAUGCCUGUCCCAAAGAAGCACCAGAGGCGGAGUAGUGAACCGGCAGUAACGAAGAAGCCCGCUCCUCGUCCUCAAUUAAAGCCCGCACUCUAUGCCACACCUGAGGUGACGCCGCUUCCAGAUGCACCCUCUUCAUUCCCUCCUUCUCCGUAUAUUGUGAAUCACAAACGCCGAGGCCCACGCCUCAUGAAAAGUUCUUCUGAGGCAAAUGUACAGGCCAAGCAGAAGGAUCUUGAUGAUGCGACUGCUAAUGGUAAGAGCAAUGAUUCUGUGGUUGCCUGUUCUGACGGUGAUCUCCAAGUCACUACUUCUGCAAACCCCGAACCUGUUACUGCUAAGGAGGUGCUGGUGAAUGGUGUACAUGAUACCGGCCUUAGUAGCAACAAUAAUGGUGACCUUGGGCACAGACAAAGGGAAAGUGAAAGUAGUGGCGUUCUUAAUGGAUCACGUAUGGAUAAAGUAGUGGCAUCAAAUUUGGAAAGAGCUGGUGACUGUGAAGACUUUUUUGAUCCACAUGAUUCAAUGAGUAUAAAAAGUUGCACAGAUGGUGAGGAUACAGGCAUGGAACAAGCUAUGAAACGUGCAGAAUUUUUUGAUGCUUGGGAAGAACUCUCGUCUGACAGUGGGACUCAAAAUUUUCAACGUGACAUUGAAGCUGAUUUGCGUGAAAUAAGGUUGAGUCUAUUGAUGGAGAUAGAGAAGAGGAAACAAGUUGAAGAAUCCCUUAACAGCAUGCAAAGCCAGUGGGAGAAACUUAGACAAGGGUUAUCGCAUGUGGGAAUUGUUUUGCCUGCUGACCUUACUGCUGAGGCUGGGCAGCUGAGUUCUGAUCCUAUGGAAGAUGUAUUUCAGCAACUUUACAUUACUAGGUUUAUAUCAAACAGCAUUGGGAGAGGAAUUGCCAGGGCAGAAGUGGAGAUGGAAAUGGAAGCUCAAUUAGAGUUGAAGAAUUUUGAGAUUGCUCGACUAUUGGAACGUCUUCACUGUUAUGAGACCAUGAAUAAGGAGAUGUCUCAGAGGAAUCAGGAAGCAGUAGAGAUGGCGCGGCGUGAGAGACAAAGGAGGAGUAGGAGGCUGAGAUGGAUUUGGGGCUCCAUCACUACCACGCUUGUACUUGGUACUGCAGCAAUAGCAUGGUCCUAUCUUCCGGUGGGUAGAGGAUCAACUUCUGCAGCUCAUGAUCCGGUUCCUGAACAUGAUGAUGCAGCCAACUAAUAUACCAUGUAUACCAUCAUACUAACUUCAUUGCCGAGUUAUGGUAUAGGAGGAGAAUAAAAGUAAUACGUGCUUCUGUGUGGCUAACAUAUCUCUUGAUCAUUACAAUUUUGCAGCGUCCGGAGUAUGUGCAUAAUUUAUUUAACAUGUCCCUAUUACUGGAAUGUGUAGCCAGUAGAUUAGUAAAAGGGUUCGGUCUGAGUUGAUGAAAAUAAUAAUACACCAUAAUUUCCUAUGGAUAUUCUGGGGUGCAAAGUAUUCUUUUCACCCGCGACAUUAUCGCAGAGCAUAUUUUUAAUUAAUUCUUUAUGCUUGCUGCUCCAAGCAUUUUGACACCACUGAA